AAAAUAAUGGACAAAGCAACACCUAUUAUUAAUGUCCGCUAUUGAAGGAAAGUCCAAAGAAAAAAAACAAAAACAAAAAUUGCCCCCCUUCUAAUUCGUUUACUAAUCAAAAGGGUAUAAUCGUAAUAAGAGUGAAUAAUUAGCCUUGAUCCGUAACGCACUCGCUACUUAAAUACACACAAAGACCGAUUCGCUUUUCACUCUCGUUCAAACUCGACUCAGUUCCCCGCGAGUUCGACUCAGAGAUAUUUUUUUCCUUAGAAAAGAAAAAAAAUGGCGAGCGAGCUGAUAAACCGUCGACACGAAGCGGACCAACCAGCAUCCGACGCGUACUACCCGAAACCAAUCAAACCAUGGUUCUCCGUGACACGUCCCAUGCGUUACAUGCUCCGUGAACAAAGACUCGUCUUCGUCCUCGUCGGCAUUGCAAUCGCAACACUCGUUUUCACACUCUUCCCUCGCGCCACGCAAUCCACUCCUUACUCGGAUCCGUUCUCCGGCUACGGAAUCCGAUCCGAGGAGGAUUCGUCGUACGUUCCGGCCUUUCAGGCCCAGAGGAAGCCCAGUCUCGAGUACCUUAACCGUAUGGGAGCAACAGGCGGGAAAAUCCCGCUCGGUUUGAAACGCAAAGGGAUGAGAGUCGUUGUCACGGGUGGUGCUGGGUUCGUGGGAUCGCAUCUCGUGGAUCGGUUGAUGGCGAGAGGAGACACUGUUAUCGUUGUUGAUAAUUUCUUCACGGGGCGUAAAGAGAACGUUAUGCAUCAUUUUGGUAACCCUAAUUUUGAACUCAUACGUCACGAUGUUGUGGAGCCGAUUUUGCUUGAGGUUGAUCAGAUCUAUCAUUUGGCUUGCCCUGCUUCCCCUGUUCAUUACAAGUUCAACCCCUGUGUGUACAAGACCAAUGUGGUCGGAACGUUGAACAUGCUUGGUUUGGCGAAGAGAGUCGGUGCUAGGUUUCUUCUGACGAGUACAAGUGAGGUUUACGGUGAUCCUCUUCAACAUCCUCAGGUCGAGACUUACUGGGGCAACGUUAAUCCCAUCGGUGUUCGUAGUUGCUACGACGAAGGAAAGCGUACCGCAGAGACGCUAGCCAUGGAUUAUCACCGUGGAGCCAAUGUUGAGGUCAGGAUUGCUAGGAUCUUCAACACCUAUGGUCCAAGAAUGUGUAUUGAUGAUGGGCGUGUUGUCAGCAACUUCGUUGCGCAGGCACUAAGGAAAGAACCUUUGACUGUUUAUGGUGAUGGGAAGCAGACAAGAAGUUUCCAGUUUGUUUCUGAUUUGGUAAGACCCUCUUCUUUUUUUCUCCUUUUAAGAACGAUUCAAUAUAAUACUUUUACUACACAUUGCCAACACACUAGCUUUUACUCUGUUGUCUCUUUGGUCCAAGUUAAGAUUUAUUAGAGAGAGGUUAAAAACAGGGGAAGUUAAUGUGAGUGAGCUCACAUGUUAUUGUAAGAGAAUAGUGUAUUGUGUUGUGGGAUCUAAUAGCAAAGACUUAAAAACGUGAGACCCAAAUCUCUGACAGACAUCACAAUCGGUCCCCAAUUAAGCAAUCUUAUGAAUGAGGGGAUAUCAAUAUCAUGUGCUAAAGGACCAAAUGGGGUAGUCUGAAUUUUAUUGCCCAUUAUGUCCUCGUUAGAUUUUUUCAGCUGUAAACUGAGUCUGAUUUUGUAUGCAUAAAGGUCGAAGGUCUGAUGAGAUUGAUGGAAGGAGAACAUGUAGGCCCGUUUAACCUCGGUAACCCUGGUGAAUUCACCAUGCUCGAGCUCGCUAAGGUGGUUCAAGAGACGAUUGAUCCAAACGCAAACAUAGAGUUCAGACCAAACACAGAAGAUGACCCUCACAAGAGAAAGCCUGACAUCACAAAGGCCAAAGAGCUUCUUGGUUGGGAACCAAAGGUGUCUCUUCGUCAGGGACUCCCUCUCAUGGUCAAAGACUUCCGUCAACGUGUCUUUGGUGACCAGAAGGAAGGCUCUUCCAUGGCUACAACCACCACCAAGACAACCUCAGCUUGAGCAAACGCAGAUGCAAGUAGCAGCCGUUGCAGUUGGUUAAUGGUUUAUACCAGAAAAGUGCAAGGCACUGCUUGCAGCUACAAUGUGGAGAGAAGAGAGAGCUUUCGUUUCUUGAAAUUAAUUUUUGUUUUUAAUUUCCUAUUAUGAUAUUAUAUUCUGUGUAACGUAGAGUAAGAGUUUGGUUCCUUUACUACUUUAUUCAUGGACCUCACUACAGUUUAAGAUGAACCUUUGGUGUUUUGCAAUUACAAAGUUUAGUGGCAU